AUGAUUAUUGCAAGUCUUGUGGUUGUGAAUUACCGUAGUGCUAGUAUUGAAGCAUCAAUGUCGACAUAUUUAGUCUAUGGUGAUUCUGGAUCCAAUGAUACGAAUGAUGGUACAAAUGGUACAGGUUUUGGUAAAUCAGUGGUGAAUGCAUUGGUCAUUAUUGGAGCAAUUGCGGUCUUAACAUUUGGUAUGGCAUUGUUAUAUAAAUACAAUUGCAUGAAAUUCCUACGUGGUUACAUUAUGUUUGCGUCAACUGCAAUUUUAAGCUUUGUUGGUGGACAACUUGUGGACGAGAUUGUAAAUGAUCACUUUAAGUGGAUUAUUGACUGGCCAUCGUUUCUCUUUAUUAUGAUAAAUUUCGGAUUUGUUGGCGUCAUUUCAAUUUUUUACCAGAAAGGAACACCCAAGGUUGUACAAAAUGGCUACUUGGUUAUGGUCAGUGUUAUCUUAGCUUGGGAAUUCUCUGCAUGGCCAGAAUGGACGACGAUCACCUUUUGUGUCAUGUUUGCUUGCUAUGAUCUAUGUGCUGUGCUUACACCUUGUGGACCGCUCAAGUACUUGAUUGGAUUGAUUCAGGAAAAGCAAGCACCAUUACCGGGUUUACUUUACGAAGCUGAUGUUCGUGAUGGUGUUUCGCACGAUCACCAUCGACAACAGCGGCAGCAGCAAGAAAGACGUUCAAAAAAGACGCCGACGGAUGAAGUUGCCACUACGAAGCGGCAACCGUCAUCGUCAACCUUACAGUCAUCAAGUACCAGUGAUCAGAAUAUCAAUGUCAACACGCCAGUGGCAAAUGUCAACGCUUCUGAGAUUAACAAAACCCGCGCUAUGCUUCCCCAAGGCUUGAGUCAAGGGCUGGUGGCGGCCCCCGUCCAGACGACAGGACCUAUGGACUCGUCUCCGAUUCCCGUCAUGUCUUCUGGACGACGACCCCGCAACGUGGCCGAGUCUAGCUUCACUACAUACGAGUGUGAAACGUUGGAGGCGCUCGUGAGUCUGCUCAUUGGGUUUUAUGAGACGUUCAGUCCUGAAGACACGUGGAAGGCUUCGCAGGUUGCGGAGAAGUUUUUUUCAACGCAGGAUCGCCUGUGGUUGCUGAUUUUCCACAAGUACCAUGUCUGUUCGUGCUCGAUAGAUAUGCCGUGCUCAGUACAGACAAGACGUGACCGUCGCCGACGUGAACGCGAGGAGGAAAAUGCGGACGAUAAAACGAUUAAGCUGGGACUGGGUGACUUUAUCUUCUACAGUGUGUUGGUUGGUCGUGCUGCUAUUAAGGACUUUUCCACCUUUGCUGUUGCCUUCGUGUGCAUUGUGAUGGGUCUUGGAGGAACGCUCUUUCUUCUUGCUGUACUGCACAAGGCGCUGCCAGCAUUGCCGAUCUCCAUUUUUUUGGCCACAAUUUUUUACUUCCUCACGGAGUACAUUUUCAUUGAUUUUUGCAGUUUUAUGAUGGCGUUCCCUGCCGCAGUGUAG